AGAAAGCGUACUUUUAUCACAUGAUUUUUUUUUCAUCAGUUGAUGGGAACACGGCUAGCUAGCCUGCUGGCUAAAUAAGCUUACUUUUUACUACAAGUUCGUGUUAGAUGUUUAUGACAAUCAAUAUUUUAUUUUAAGCAAGUCUGAGUCUUACUGACUUCACAGGAACCUCGCGGCUAACGAUAAUGCAAGUCUUUCAUUCAAUAUUUGCACUAGCUAACUAACGUUAGGUAGCUAUUGUAAAUAGUCUUAUAUUGGCUUACGGUCUCAUAUUCAUAGUUCAUAUUUUACGCUUCAUACUCUACGAUAACUUCAGCUAGUUAUCUUGUGUGUCAGUCUAAAUCCAUCCAUUUGGAAUCACGGCUAAUGUUAACUAUCUAACUAGUCAGUUAGCCUGACAGCUGGCUAGCUAUUGAACAGGUUGCAAGUCCUCCAUCAUCACAUCUGCCAGGCGGACUCAACCAGCAUGGAUUACCAGAACACAGCGAAUGCAGUUGGGGACUGUCUUUUGAGCUACACCAAGGACGAGUCUGGGUGGAAAGUCUGCAAGAAAUCGAAUGACGUCAUCGUGUCCUGGCGGCCAUCGACUGAGUUCCCUGGGAAUGUAUAUAAGGGGGAGUCGGUGGUGAAGGGAAGCCCAGAGAAGGUAUGGGAGUGUCUGAAGCCUGUGCCAAAUGGACUGCGGGUGAAAUGGGACAACAAUGUCAAGAAGUUUGAGCUGGUAGAGCAAGUCACUGAGAACGUCACUGUCUGCAGAACAGUCACUCCAUCAGCAGCCAUGGGCAUCAUAGCUCCCAGAGACUUUGUCGACGUUAUUCUAGUGAAGCAAUACGAAGACGGCACCAUUACAUCCAAUGCCACCCACGUGAACCACCCCAGCUGCCCUCCCCAGUCAGGGUAUGUGAGGGGCUUCAACCACCCCUGUGGCUGCAUCUGUGUCCCCAUCUCUGGGGAGCCAAACAAAACCCAGCUGUUCAGUUUCUUCCAGACGGACCUGGGGGGCUUCCUGCCUCGCUCCGUGGUCGACUCUUUCUUCCCAUCCAGCAUGGUGGAGUUCUACAGCAACCUGGCCAAGGCCAUCAAGUCCCUCAAGGACCACUGAUACACUCAUACUAUACAUUUCCUUAGCCCUGGUCCCAGAUCUGUUUGUGCUGCAUAACCAACUCCUGGCACCAGGUGAUACUCAGAUCUGGGACCAGCAUUCAGCGGGACCAAAAAACACAAUGAUUAGCUAUGUGAAUGGUUUAGUUUUAAAGAGGCUAUAUGGAACUUUUCACCUCAGGGGGCUUUUUAACUGAAAGGGACAGAUUGAUGUAAAUGGAUUUGAAAAUUCCUUAUUUGAGAGCAUGGGGCACACCUCCCCAAACCAUAUCUUUCUAGACAAAAAAUGAGGAUUGUGUUUCAUGAGUAAAUAAAUAUUUUAUAUCAACCAUACAGGCAACACUCAAGCAAAAAUGUAGUUAAACAAUUAGCAAUUCAACUUCUGUGCAGCCUCUUUAAAAGAGUGGUCACCUGGCCUUGGCUUGGAGCAAACUGUAUCUGAGCUUAAAGGGAGAUGAUAUUGGAUGAUGUGAGGGAAGGAAGUGUGCAGCUUGUUUGUCACAGCACUAAACACAGCUGAUUUCAGGUCGUUGAGGUCUUGGUUCAUUUGUGUAAUAAUGGUGUGUUAGUGCUGGAGCAAAAAGCCUGCACCCCUGGUACUGUUGCUCUCUUGGACCAGGUAUGGUGGCCACUAGUGUAGUCUUACAAAAAGCCUGCACCCCUGGUACUGUUGCUCUCUUGGACCAGGUAUGGUGGCCACUAGUGUAUUCUUACAAAAAGCCUGCACCCCUGGUACUGUUGCUCUCUUGGACCAGGUAUGGUGGCCACUAGUGUAGUCUUACAAAAAGCCUGCACCCCUGGUACUGUUGCUCUCUUGGACCAGGUAUGGUGGCCACUAGUGUAGUCUUACAAAAAGCCUGCACCCCUGGUACUGUUGCUCUCUUGGACCAGGUAUGGUGGCCACUAGUGUAGUCUUACAAAAAGGUUGAGUGUCUGUUCUAAUUUCAUUCAUUCAACCCUGGAAAAAGAUUGAAUAUGAAUUUCUCAUAGAGGUUGAUGUGCAAUUUUCUUGAGUUGAAGCGAUUGAAAUGGAAUUGACCUUAGCCCUGAUGUUAAAGUUGCAAUUUGUAAGUUAUUUUUCCCUCUAUUGUAACCAGAAAGAGUACCAAAAACAAUAGUCAUGAACCCACCCCCAAAAAACACAUGUUACAUUAUUGGACAUGAUGUAGUUCCUGUUCUUCUUGGUUAGGUUUUUUUCUUCAUGUGGGUACACUAGCAAACACCCUGCCUCUUAGUCCUCGAACCGGAAAUCCAACUUACAGACCACACCUUUAAGCACUCUGGGCCGCAACUUUAAGACUAGAUCUAGAGAGGUCAAUUUUGCCAAACUCUACUUCCAAAACAAAUAUUUCAUGUACAUUUCCUUUUUAGUGAUGCAUUUCCUCCCUUUUUCCCACCACAAAAGAACGAGAAUAGAUUUAAUCUAUAUUUUGUAUUUAGUCUCCUAAACACACGGAGGAUAUGUCCUCCUUCCCUUUUGUACUGUUGCUGUUGAAUACAGUCCAUUCUGUUACACUGGCUGCAUCCUACCUACAGUACCAUGCAUGUUGCAUGGACCUUACAGGAACCCCAGAAUGGAAUCGGAUUCCAUUGGGACGUGUCAUACCUCAUUUUUUGUUGUCCUUUGUAUACGGUAGUACUGUACUUGAAAUGUUCUGGUUUAACCUGUCUCCACAGCCCUUUAACCAAUACCUAAAGAUGGAAUCCACAGUAGGGGGAAACGCUGCUAACGGAUUGUUGUUGCUGAGCUGAGGAGCGUCGUGCAGCAUGGUUAUGAAAUGCAGUACAUAUUGUGUUCUUCUAUCGUGCAGCAUGGUUAUGAAAUGCAGUACAUAUUGUGCUCUUCAAGCGUGCAGCAUGGUUAUGAAAUGCAGUACAUAUUGUGUUCUUCUAUCGUGCAGCAUGGUUAUGAAAUGCAGUACAUAUUGUGUUCUUCUAUCGUGCAGCAUGGUUAUGAAAUGCAGUACAUAUUGUGUUCUUCUAUCGUGCAGCAUGGUUAUGAAAUGCAGUACAUAUUGUGUUCUUCUAUCGUGCAGUGCGAUGAUGUCAGAGAUGGAAAUAGCAGUGUUGUUUGCAGUAACUGGAAAGCAUUAUGGACAUGGUUGUUUUACCGUUGAGGAUUCCAGCUUUAACCAGUAACCUUUAGAGGGUGUAUAUACAGCCGGCAGAUGCCCUCCCCCCCUAAACUCUAUCCUGUUCCUUACCUUAACAUCUGCCCGCUUUAUAGACGCCUAACCUCCAAGCAAGGAUUCCUGCCUCAGUUACUUUUCUCUAUGUAGAUGUCAAUACUAAGAACACUGCAUUAUUCUUAAGCAAAGUUAUUUGCGGUAUGUCUGGGCAAAUGGCAAUAUGAACAGCUUCAUCUAAUGAAAAAGGGACAUCUGCUCCAUUAGGAGAGCUUCUGAAGGAUUUAGGGUUUUAUUCAGUGGGGUAUAACACGGUACGUGUCCCAUAAGUCUCUGGUCCAAAUUAGUGCACUAUAUAGGGAGUAGGAUGCCAUUUGGGACAGCUAUGGAUUCCAACAUAUUUUGAAGCGCAGCAGCAUAGGACUGCCAUAUUCUGGCAUCAGUUGUGACUAGUGUGUCAUUUUACACUGUAAAGAAAUGUAUUACCAGCAUAGAAUUGAGAAAACCACUGUCUUUGAUAUGGCACAAGAGGGCAUGGUCAUCUGUCUAGGCCAGGGUGCGUCUCCGUAGAUUUUUUAAAAUCAUCAGUGAAGGGAAACAAUGAGAGCAAGCAUGAAUAGUAUUGAGAUAUAUCCCUUUGAGAUACAGCCCUAUUAGGGGGAGAGGAAGCCUCCUCAGAGUAUUGAGAUAUAGCCCUAGAAGGUGUCUUUACAGUGAUGUACAGUCAACCAUCUGCAUGCCUGCUGAGUCCUCUACAUGUAUGAUGAUAAGCCAUCAUACUAAUGAUGUUUUAGAUCAAUCUUUUUAGAAGCUUUGUGGUUAAGUUUCCUUUUGAAAUGAAAACACACUACUUAACGUCCUUUUCUUAUCCCGAGUGGAUAAUAACCUUAACUGACAAACCUUUACAAGUGCAUUGCAUUCCACCUCAUCCACAACCAAGUCCUAUAUGCUUGCUUUUUUAAAAUCAUUGUUUGCCUUUUGUUGGUGUAAUACUAUGAAGGCAUUGUUUUGAUGUGUGUUAUUGUACUGUAAGUGGAGCCUGAAGAUCAUACCUACCUACAGUGUAUUGCUGUCUUAAUGUCAGAGUACACAUUGUCUAUUGGUGGCUUGUUUUUAAAAUGUACUCCAUCAUGCGUUUUGGGACAGAUGUGUAUGUUUUAGGGUACGUGUUGAAUGCCGUUUGUUGUCCUCAGCUCCUGAUUGGAAAGCACAGCUGCUAUUGAAAUAUACUAUGAGUUCAAUUGUCAAUAAAAGCAACACAGGAAAAUAACAUGUUUUUUUAGGUCAGGAUAAGGGUUAUGAAUUCUGGUAAUUUUUCAAAAAUGUUCAAGUUUUCCUGAAAUGACAGUUGGCAGAUUCCUGGAAUCAGUAGGGAAUACGCAGGGAAUCUGGAAACCCUCCAAACAGGAUUCCUGGAAUCAGUAGGGAAUCUGGAAACCUUCCAAACAGGAUUCCUGGAAUCAGUAGGGAAUACGCAGGGAAUCUGGAAACCCUCCAAACAGGAUUCCUGGAAUCAGUAGGGAAUACGCAGGGAAUCUGGAAACCCUCCAAACAGGAUUUCUGGAAUCAGUAGGGAAUCUGGAAACCCUCCAAACAGGAUUUCUGGGAAAUUGGGGAGAGCUACCACAAUUUUGCGACCCUAAUCCUGACCUGCACUCUACUGUACCGUAGGACUGUACUGUAUGUUCCACCCAGCAGGUUUUGUGUUUCACCAGCAUCUGCAUUAAAAACUACUGAACGUUC